GUCCAUCCCUGGAUCUGGGCUGCCGCGGGAGGAGGAGGAGGCGGGAGGCGGCUGUGGCGACCGCUCCGCUGGCUCCUCCCUCGCCGCCGCCGCCGCCGCCCGCAGCAGCUCCUCCAUGGCCCCUGCGGCUCCCGGCGUGGUUGCCUCUACGCUGCUGCAUGUCCUGCUGCUAGACGGGGAGGCGGCGGCCGUCGAGGCCGGGCCUGGAGGCUCAGGACCCCCGCCUCCCUGAGCAGGAGGAGAAGGAGCCGCAAUGGCCCUGGCAAUGCCGGCCCCGCAGGUGAUACUUUGACCUUCCUGAAACUGUUUCUGAAUACUUUUUGAAUGGACAUCCCCGCUACUCUCAAACUGCCUGAGAUGGCAAGUCCGGCGAUCAGCCCAGACUCUUCUUCCCAUGAAGGACUCUCCUCCGUCAACUCCAUGCCUGCAUGCUCCCCCACGUCUGAUUCCGAGAAUCUGAGCCCAGAUGAGUUGGAGCUAUUGGCAAAGCUUGAAGAACAAAACAGGCUUCUGGAAGCAGAUUCCAAAUCCUUGCGCUCCAUGAAUGGCUCGCGAAGGAAUAGUGGGUCCUCUUUGGUCUCGAGCUCUUCUGCCUCAUCCAACUUGAGCCAUCUUGAGGAGGAUACCUGGAUCUUGUGGGGGAGGAUUGUAAAUGAAUGGGAAGAAUGGCGGAAAAAGAAGGAAAAACUGCUCAAGGAGCUCAUAAGGAAAGGAAUUCCCCACCACUUCCGAGCCAUUGUUUGGCAACUUCUGUGCAGUGCCACUGACAUGCCAGUGAAGAAUCAGUAUUCAGAGUUGUUAAAAAUGUCUUCUCCUUGUGAAAAGCUGAUCAGGAGGGAUAUUGCCCGGACAUACCCAGAGCACGAGUUCUUUAAGGGACAGGACAGUCUGGGCCAAGAGGUCCUCUUCAAUGUUAUGAAGGCUUACUCUCUAGUAGACCGUGAGGUUGGGUACUGCCAAGGCAGUGCGUUCAUCGUUGGACUGCUCUUGAUGCAGAUGCCUGAAGAAGAGGCAUUCUGUGUGUUUGUACGUCUGAUGCAAGAGUACAGAUUACGGGAGCUGUUUAAACCCACUAUGGCUGAGCUAGGGCUCUGCAUCUACCAGUUUGAGUACAUGCUGCAGGAGCAGUUGCCUGAACUGAAUAUCCACUUCCGUUCUCAAAGCUUCCUUACCUCUAUGUAUGCAUCAUCCUGGUUUCUUACCCUCUUCCUUACCACCUUUCCUCUGCCUGUGGCCACUCGAGUGUUUGACAUCUUCAUGUACGAGGGAUUGGAAAUAGUCUUCCGUGUGGGGAUGGCUCUUCUGCAAUUCAACCAGGCUGAACUGAUGCAACUGGACAUGGAGGGGAUGUCACAGUAUUUCCAGAAGGUGAUUCCUCAUCAGUUUGAAAACUGCCCUGAUAAGCUGAUCUUUAAGGCUUACCAGGUCAAAUACAACCCGAAGAAAAUGAAGCGACUAGAGAAGGAAUACACUGCAAUCAAAAACAGAGAGAUGGAAGAGCAGAUUGAAAUCAAGAGGCUCCGUUCUGAGAACCGUCUUCUGAAACAGCGAAUUGAGACCCUGGAGAAGGAGAGUGCUGCUUUAGCAGAUAGAUUGAUCCAGGGCCAAGUUACACGUGCACAGGAGGCUGAAGAGAACUACAUCAUCAAACGAGAACUGGCAGUGGUUAAGCAACAGUGCAGUUCAGCAACCGAGAAUUUGCAGAAGGCUCAAAGCACUAUUCGGCAAUUGCAGGAACAGCAGGGAAAUCCCCGCUACUCUGAGGAGUUCGUGAGUCACCUGGAAACAGAGCUGGAACAGUCACGUUUGCAGGAGUCCGAGACCCUGAGUGCGCUUAAAGAGAUGCAGGACAAAGUGCUGGACAUGGAGAAGAAGAAUAGCUUGCUUCCAGAUGAAAACAAUGUGGCUCGCCUUCAGGAAGAGCUGAAGGCUAUGAAAGUGCGGGAGUCUGAGGCUACGAAAUCCUUUCGGGAACUGCAGCAGCAGGUGAAGGAGCUCAACGACAAUUGGCAGGCCCACCUGAGCCGGACAGGUGGGCGAUGGAAGGAAUCUCCUCGCAAGAACACGAUGAAUGACCUCCAAGAUGAAUUGAUGAGCCUCCGUCUGCGUGAGACGCAGGCACAAGCUGAAGUCCGCGAACUGCGUCAGAGGGUGGUGGAACUUGAAACCCAGGAUCAGAUCCACAGCAACCAUUUAAACCGGAUGGAGCAGGAGUGUGCUGGACUGCACGAAAAGGUCCAAUACCUUACGGCCCAGAACAAGGGGCUGCAGACCCAGCUGAGUGAGACCAAGCGCAAGCAUGCUGAAUCCGAGUGCAAGAGCAAAGAAGAGGUGAUGGCUGUGCGCCUGCGAGAAGCCGACAGCAUGGCUGCAGUGGCGGAGAUGCGGCAGCGGAUUGCUGAGCUGGAGAUCCAGAGGGAAGAAGGGAUGAUUCAGGGCCAGCUCAACAACUCGGACUCCUCCCAGUACAUCCGUGAACUCAAGGACCAGAUUGAUGAGCUCAAGGCAGAGCUGCCUAUUUCUGUGCAGGGCCUCCAGCUGGAGAACAGACAUAAGCGACUGGGGCUUACAAAACUGCUGAUUUCCUCAGGAGAUGAUAGAGAUCAGAAGUCAGCUUUUAAGAUUCGGCUGAUGAAGGGACAGAAGCCUUUUGAGGACUCCAUGGGCUUUGACGGCAUCCACAUUGUGAGUCACCUGGCGGUGGACGACGACUCGCUGCACUCUUCCGACGAGGAGCUGCUGACCAGUCCCAUGGUGGUAGGUGCCCUGCAGGAUGUCUUGUAUCCGCUGUCGCCCCACAACACGCACUUUCUACGGGGGGCUGAGAGCUCCGGCAAGGAGAGCGACGGCACCACGGAUAGCGAUGCAGACGACCCCGCCUCUGCCACCGAGCCCAAUGGCGAGAUCAUCUUCGAAGAAGCCCUGAGCAAAUGAGGAAGAGGUGCUGCCGUCGCAUGUCUGCCUGGAAGGCACCAGGUCCCUCUGGCCACGCUGUACUGAGGGUGAGGAGGUCAUAGACAGAUCACGCAAGACGGAGCGGAGAGCCCCCUUACCCAGUGAAAACUGUGCCACCGAGAUGGCAUGGGGGACAGACAGUCCUACAGCUGGCCUGCAUUACAUGGGCCACCUCCGUUGAUCAUUGUCUGCACUGCCUUUUUUUCCCAGCUCUGUUGUCACUGGUAGUUCAAAUCCAUGUAUUGACCUCAUUCACAUCCCCCACCCACCCACUGUUUCCACACCUUUUUUUUUUUAAAAAAAAAAAACUUCCUCCUUACACACAAAGGUUUGCACACUUGAGAACUUUGAAGGGACAGCAGAAGCAACCAGGUCGCUGGUUCUAUAAAAUGCAGUCCAGUAGUAAUUAACCUCUGUCUCCUUGCUGUGCUUGGAGAGAUGAGAGGGGUCUGUCUUCCUUUUAUUUAUAUGUGAUCCCCUACCCUGCUGUUCUGCAGAGAGGUAUGGUUGGAUGCCUCCACACUCGUUUGUUGUUUUCAGCCCAGGAAAGGACAGGGAAGGUGGAUAGAGAGAGAGAGCUUCUGAAGAGGUGGCUUGGAUCUAGAGAGAGAGAGAUUUUAUUUUUGUUUCUGUGUAUAUUAUUUAUUUAUACUGUGUAAUGCCAAUCCGUCUCCCUUAGAGGAGGCUUGGCAUAAAGCUUUAAGUUCAAUUACCUUGAGGGCUUUUAAGGAGCAGCCAGAACUGCUUUUGUAGCUAAAGGUAUGACAUCUUUUCUAUUUAAUUGUGGUAAGGGAAGGGUUCCCCUUGGUAACGUCUGUGUCUCACUUUGCCUGAAGUUCUGUUCUGCUGCAGCCAUUACAGGGCAUACUUUUCAUUAAGGUGCUGCCUUAAUCCAUAUGGUCAGUGGCAAUUCCUCCGGAAUUCCCUGCCUGGAAUUGUGUGAGCUGAUGCAGUAUUCUUUCUCAAUUCCACCUUUAUGGCUAUCUUUUCAAACACUGGUUCUUGCAAAGUUCCUACCAAUGUCUGGCUUGCUUCAGGGGGGUGGCAGUCCAUCCAAGCACCCAGACCCUAGGUUUUUUUUUUUAAGGAAAGAAGGGUCCAUUAUUGGACUUUUAGUCUGUGCACGAUUUACAAGGCCAGUGCAAGUGGCUGAGUUUUUAGGCAUCUGAGAGAAUUGCCUGAAGAGUAUUUUCUUCUUGGCAAACAAAGAGAUGAGAAACCUGGGCUGUUUGGACAUCAAGUUCUGCCCUUUUUAUUACAGUAUUAUUCUUUUUUAUUUUAGUGAAAUUGCACAGACUCUUGCAGUGGAACUACAUAUGAAGCAAACAUGAGGCUCCAAGCUAUUGGGUUGGGGAUGGGAGGGUUGCAAGGGAGAUCAAGUGGGAGGUGUGUGCUUAACCCUUUGUGCCCCUUCUACUCUUGCCUCUGCACGUAUGUGAAUCUUCAGACAUGCUUGUAUAAUAUGUAGCUCUGCUCCACAGAAGCAGACCUCUGUUUGCGGUAGUGGGGGAGAAACAUUGAUUUCUCAACAAGAACACUUGCCAUGGCCAAUGCUGACAUAGCCACACCAGCUAGAGGUAACCCGUGGAGCAAUAUUUCGGGAAGCGGCAUGGUGCUGAUUUGGUCCAGCCAAAAAUCACUCUGUAUUUGCUAUUCAUGGUCCUUCUCUUUGUUUUCAACACGGGGAGGAAGCCUGAUAAUUGGAUCCUUCCCCUCUUAACAAUAGAGCCCAGGAUUAAAAUCGGCAAGGCCUCUCUCGUGUCACAUUUUCUUUCCACUGGUGAUGGAGAGAUCUCAAGGACGUGCUGGUGUGUGAAAUGUAUUUUGUCUUGCAAGGUGUCUGAAUAAAGGCAUUGUUGCAAAUGAAGGUGGAGACCAGCUGGUGUUAGGAGGUGAAGAGGGGUUCCACAGAAGGUCGGUGAAGGAGGCGGUGAAGGAUGCCGAAUUCUGAAGGUGUAGGAUUUCCACCCUGCUGAGGAGGUAGGCAGCUUCAUUAAGCAACACCCCUGGUUAUAAAGAAUGUUCCCUGGACAGUACCAGAUAGUUCCUAAACUGUGGAAUGCUUCUGCUUUAAGGGAAGGAGAAGCAUUUGUUGUCAUGGGCAUACUUUUCAUCUGUUUCCUUAUACCAAGCUUGUUACAAAUUUAUGCUCCAUUUGAUUUUGUCUAAUUUCUAAAACCUGCAACAAUAAAUCUAAUGAAGGUUCUGUAUGAGAUGCAUGGACCUCUCUUUCCGAAGGAGGUCUCCAUCAUAGCUGUCAAGUUUUCCCUUUUCUCUUGAGGAAGCCUAUUCAGCAUAAGGGAAUUUCCCUUUAAAAAAGGGAGAACUUGACAGCUAUGGUCUCCAUGACUUUUCACUUGGCAUGGAUUUGCAAUAUAUUUGGUCCAUCGUUGAAGGAGUUCCUUUGGUUUUCUCUCCAAAUUUUAUUCUGCAUGCCUCUUAGCUGCAGGCAAGCCCUGUUGGUCAUUUUACCUCCCCAAACCUGGAUUCCUCUAGUGAGGUUAAGCCAGCAUUUACACUGCAGAAGCAGGAGGAUAAACCUGCACCCACUUGGCCCAGCCUGUCACGUGGGUGGCCCUGAAGUAUUAUGUAUGUACUUAUAUGAAUAUGCCUGGGGGAAAGGCUCCAGUUUGGUAUAACCUUGCAUAUUUUAAUAGAUGUAUUCUAUAUAUACAUGCUGCACCAUAUUGCCAAAUCUCUGUGAUUUUCUGUACCAUUUUUCAGUCCCCCCCCCAAAAAAAAAUCCAGCAGCAUAGUAUGUGGUGCAAACAAGAGUUCAGCCCAAACUGUUGCUUUGAUCUCCUUGUGUCAGUCUGAUUUCAUAUUUUUUUUUUUGCUAGCAGUGGGCACAUGUUUGCAGUUUUGGAUGGCUUGUGAAACUGUUUGCCAGUUUGUGCAUCUUAAUUCCUAGCAAUUGUUGUUGAUACUUGUUUGUGUAGUGCUACCCGAAUGCUCGCUGCCUCCAAGGCUACAUGUUAGGAAGAUCAUUAAUCGCUGCUGUUUCUAAAUCUGGAGUAAAACCCCAUUGGCUUUAGUGUUUCAGAUAUACAUUGGAGUAAAUGGGAGAAUAUUUUUGUUAGAAUCGAAUCCAAGCUGCUUCUUUGGCCUGUUUUUGUCAGCGUUUGGAAUUUGUUUUGCAUAUGAAAUUCACUUGAAUGUGCAGGCCUUACUUUUUAAGUUUGUUCUAGCAUGACUGUCCCUGGAGUGACAUUGGUAAUACUACAUUAAUUAUUCACUUUUCUGUCACCCCUGUUGCAGUGGUUUCGAGACUAUGGCUGUAGAACAGGGCAAUAUGUUUUAGCGAAAGUUGCUACAUAGUUGAUAACUCCCGACUGCUGCUUUACCUGCAAAACACACAAGAGUUUAAGAGGAAAUACUGUAUGCGUUUCCCCUUCCAUACUGUAAAAGAAACCACAGUGUUGCUCAAAAUAAGUGGUUUCUCCCAGAGUUGUCUGAUCUCUCAGACUAGAUCCAUGCAAGAACAGGAGAGUAAGGGACGAGCACUCCAGCAAGGAAUAUUUAUUUAUAUCCUCUUGAUGCUUAGAGCGAGCAACAUAAAACCGUAUGAUGAAACAAUUAUUUUGAAUAACAUGCGGUAAAGUUCUAAAAACAGUAGUUUAUUCCUAAUGAAAGCCUAACUUGACUCCUUGGAACCAUGGAAGAAUGGCAAGCAUUAAGGGCAAGGGCAAUUCUAACUUUGCUAUGAUUUGUGACUGAGCACAAGGGACUCUACUGCUUCAAGAUGAUGCAGCCUGUUCCUCCCCACUGAGUUUGGCUAAUUGCUAGAUGAGGAUAAUCCCCAGUGAGCUGAAUAACAUUAGGUCAUGUAGCUGAUAAAAAAAACCCUAACCUUGUUGCUUAUAUUGAAGUGAUUUACUUCUCAUGCACAUCUACUUAAGGUCAUUAAAAACAAUCCCUUUAAAUCAAGGUAACAAAAAAAGUACUGUAUUGAUCUCAAAGGGAUUUUCCUAUUUCUUGUGGUAAUCAUUGGCUUAAAAGGUAAUGGUGUGUUUUGGGGGCUCCUGUGAUGGAUACUUGCAUGUUGGAAGUGCUGGUCUUCUGCACAAUAUCCACACAUGGACUACAAAGCAAGCUUCUGCCUUGGCAUAGAGGAUAGAAGAAGAUUUGAAGCUCACCAGUCUGGCUGCCCAAAAACCCUCUCAGGCAGCGUUGUGUUUUCUGCUCCAAGAGGCAUAGAAAGGCCAUGCUAAGCCACCUGUCUCCCCCCUUCUCUCUUUGCCACCCUCACAAUCUUGCUUUGACUUUUGUAUUACAUUUUUAUAACACUAAAUAUUGUGAAUGGAUUUUAAAGGAUGAUGGGGGGGUGCACAUGUGCAUACCUAUUUCUACCCUAAAAUAAGUUUGCACAGACCUUUUCUCUUCCCUUGAGCUACACCUGUGACUCUAACAGCAGCAGGUUAUCAGGAAUCUGGCCUUCUGUGUUUGAUCGCUUACAGAUUCCUAUACUACGUACCAGCAAACGGUGGUGCCACCAUUGCAGAAAAACCAAUAUCCUAGAGCAGGUGGCUAUGUCUUAGUCCAGUCUGUUCUCCAGGGACGAAUAGGCUGGAGAUGUGUGUGAUCUUUACUAACUAUUGACAAGGUUCAAUUUGCACUUUAAUAGUAGCUCUUUCCCUUCAUCAUCAAGGGAAAACAAUGUGGUGCUGUGUUUAGACUGGGGUUGGGAGUGCUGCUUCUGUUCUCCCACCUCUGACACUUGACUUCUAGUUAUUCUCUACCUUGAAUGCACCCAUCCCCUUCUACAGCAGCAGGAGAGGCUGAGUGUGCUUUUGUGAAUAAAUCAUGUGGCCCUUUGUUAAUUAUACUAAACAGAACUUGGUUUCCCAGACUAGGUCCCAGUGUACAAGCUACAAAGACAGCAUCCUGCUGGAGACAAAGCAGAACUAGAGGAUUGAAAGAUAGAAUGUGUGCUCCCCAGAUUCUAGUUUGUUAUUCUUUCUAGGAGCAGAGCUAAAUUACCGUAAGAGUUUCAGCACUGCCAUCCACUUAAUUGUAAAUUUUCUGUCCUGAAGAAAGUGGCAACUGGCUCUGCCUGGUUAUGUUUGGAACAUGGAUGGACCAAGUUAGUGCUUGUGGGUCCCACUUGGUUAGCACCUGUGAAAUUGCCAACACGCAUUGUCCCCUGAAAUGGUUUGCUGUGUUGCUCUUCAAUGUUUUAUAUUUUUUUCCACGUGGUGGAAAAAUUGUAUGCAUAAAACACACAUGUGCCAUUAAAAAAAAAAAAGUAAUGAGAGAGUCUGACCCUAGGGCAAGAGUGAGAGUAAGACACAUUUCUCUGCUGCAACAUUAAAGCUGCUGCUAUGUAUGUGUAAUGUAAGCUGCAGAGCUGGAGUCCACAGAUCUAUUGCCAGUGCUCUUAGAACAGGCAUGGCGAAACUUGGCCCUCCAGCUGUUUUGGGACUACAAUUCCCAUCAUCCCUGACCACUGGUCCUGUUUGCUAUGGAUGAUGGGAGGGAGUUGAGUCCAGAAACAGCUGGAGGGCCAAGUUUGGCCAUGCCUGCCUUAGAAUUAAUGUUACAUCAAUCUGCAACAACUAUUUAACCCACACACGCAUUCAUGAUCUCUGUGGGAGCUGGUAAUACAACCUCACUUAGGACCUGGCCUAUUGCACUGACUCGACACACAUGCCCACACACAAACCAUGGUGAUGAUGUUAUGAUGGAAGGGUGCUUUUAGUGGUACCGGAAUUAAGCUUGACCAGAGUGACUUUGCAUCAGACAUUUGCUAUGAGGAGGAGCAAUGCACCCAGACAGGUUAGUAGUACUUAAAAGAAAGGAACAGUGAACUAAGAAGGUAGCACAGCUGAGGAGUUUUAUUUGAGCACUACACUCUUUUUCAGCAUUGAAAAGUAUUAGCUUUUCACAAACACCACCAUGUUAGAGGUUGGUUACUAUCUUAGGGUUUUCUGUAGUGAGUCUGAUGCUGCUGCUUCUACCCGUACAUCACCACUGUUUCAAAGCAAGACUUCUGCUGGGUGCGUAAAAAAAAAUGUAAAAUAUUGUUGCUGUUUGUGCGGUAGUUUCUGAAGUUCACCUUAAAAUCCAGGAUUGCUCCAAUCCAGUGGGAGCAGUUGCCCAGCUGAUAUAAAGCAGCACUGGAGGUGCUUGCCACACCUUUAGUUAAAAAUCCAGCUCCAAUUUUAUACCAUCCUGUGGAACAGUAUGAAAUGACUAUGGGGUUGUAAGCCCCUGUAUUCUGCACGGCUCCAGUACUAGCCCACAGCUGCAUCUAUCCAAAGGGAAUGUGCACCUUGCAGUGUUAGGGCUUUCCAGGUUGGAAGGGAUCUUUCUCUCCUCAUAGCCCCCAACUGUUCAAGUCAUGCGUUUAGUGUAACUAUGUACCAGUGUCCCUUCUCUGCUCCUCAGAAUAUAAACUGCCAUUCUUUUCUGCCCAUACCCAUUUUAAAACAAAUACUGCUGUACAAAAUAAUAUCUGUACUUUCAAAACAACAACAACAAUGAAAUAAACUAUUUACACUGUCUUAAUAA